AGAAAGCGAUAUACACCUAGGAUGGCUUUGGGGUGAAUAAAAUAUGGGGUAAUUGUCUUUUUUGGGUGAACUAUUCCUUUAAAAAAAUAGCCGGUCAAAAGUAAUUGCAUUUGUUGUUGACUUUUUGAGACCCUUUUAAAUUUUCAUUUCAGUUUUGGAUUUUUUUCUUUUGUUUUUAGCACAUCAAGUUAAACUAGAUGAAAACGAGAAAUGUUGCCUUGGAAACUAGCUGAAAUAAAAUAAGCUGAAUUUUUUUUUGUCUUAUUUCACUUGUUUUAUUAUUUUAAAUAAUUAAUUAAUCAAUCAAUUAAUUAAUGAAUGAAUUUAACCUGUUCAUGUUCAGGGAUUCAACGCUUUAUCAAUUUGUCCUAUGGUGUGACAGUAAAAAAAAAAAACUGUGACAGUGAAGAAGUGUUUUAUGCUUUUAUGCCAUUUGUAACUCUAAGAAUGAAGAUGCAUUUUUCUCUCAUUUGCAUGUUGGUUUUUUUUCUACAUUUUUGCUAUGUCACAUCGUAGGACAAAGUUGUUUAUGUCUAUAUAUAUAUAGAUAGAUAGAUAGAUAGAUAGAUAGAUAGAUAGAUAGAUAGAUAGAUAGAUAGAUAGAUAGAUAGAGAACUGAUAGUAUUAUUAAAUCAUUUGGUUUGAAGUUACUCUUCUUUUAGGACCGUUUAAGUGUGAUUUAACUUUAUGUGGCCACUAAAAGCAUCUAUGCUAGUAAUAUAAACCGAAAAGUCUUGUAUAAGAAGGAAUAAUAACAGUUAAUCUGAGGGAUUCUUUUACUAUAGAAAUUAAUAUGUAAUACGACGCAAAUAGCAUAUGACGUAGGCAUUUGUACUGAUCCUAAAUCAAACCCAAAACAAAAGGUCACAGGUUUGGUUAAGAAAGCCUCAAUUAUAUAUUGUCCCCGCUCUCAGACGACAUUGUGGCCAUGGAGACGGAAAUAGGAACUAGGAAACCCGAGAAUGCAGAGGUGAUCCUUCCCCAGGUGAGGAAUCAGAGUACCUGAAGCAAAGCUCCUCUCAGUCUGGUCUGCACCUGUGGAUGUGUCUGUCUCCGCGUCUGCCUCUGCGUCUGCGUCAGUAUGAACCUGCUGCUGCUUCUGCUCUGUGUUCUGCUGGAGCUCCUCGUGGUGAGCCCUCAGGAUGUGAUACAGGGCCGUAUCGUGGGUGGAUACGUCCCAGCGCCGUACUCCAUCAAGUACAUCGUGUCUAUUCAGACCGCCACGGGCCAGCACUUCUGUGGAGGGACCUUGAUUAACAAAUACUGGAUCUUGACCGCAGCACACUGCAAUAUAGGGGCGGCCAACAUGAGGAUCGUGGCUGGAGAUUUUUCUGUGGGAUUAUACGAGGGGACGGAGCAGUUCCGCACGCCUCACGUCCUAAUACCUCACCCACUGUACAACAAAGCCACCAACAACGCAGACAUCAUGCUCAUUAAGCUGCAGUCUCCCAUCUAUGUGAACAACUACGUGUCUCUGGCUCCGUUACCUCGGCAGGACGCUGUGGUGGCCGUGGGUCGCCUGUGCACCGUGUCCGGCUGGGGCUUCACCACUCCGACGGGAGGAAUCCCCGAGACCCUGCACACGGUCAAACUGCCCAUCGUGUCCACCGCAGUGUGUAACGGCACGGACUCUUUUAAUGGAAACAUCACAGAGAACAUGAUCUGUGCAGGAUACAGCGAAGGAGGAAAAGACGCAUGUAAGGGUGAUUCCGGAGGACCGCUGGUGUGUGAGGGCCGUGUCUAUGGGAUCGUCUCCUGGGGAAACGGCUGCGCUGAUGCCCAGUACCCCGGCGUCUACACGUCCGUCUCGAGGUUUCGUCAAUGGAUCGAUGGAACUAUAUUUGGCUUUUAUGGAAGGUGCCUCAAGAAUUAG